ACUUGCCUCCUUUUACGUGACUUAUUGAUCAUAAGGGGUCUGGGUAAGUCUUGGCUGGUUAUUCCGGUCAAAAUUGCAUGUGCCAACAGAUCAACAGGAGGACAUAUCUGGGAACGGCUUUCCACCUUCCCACUCAUUACAACUUAAUUAAAGAUUAAAAACGUAUUCAUAUUCAUUUAUAUUAUAUUCAUACCAGUACAUACAUUAAAUAUCUUUGUCCACUCCACAGAGACCCCACACCCUGUUAUCCCCCGACUAAAGAUUUUAACCGCUCCCCACUACAAAACGUCCCUCGGGUUUCGAGCCUGCAGUUUAUAGUGCUCCUUUUAACGACCACGGCCGAUUGACGGACCUCCCCCUCUUCGGACUUCAAUUUCCAAUCCUUCACGCUGGCUACAAACAAACAAUAGCAUUCAUUACAACGCCCUGGGUUCACAUCCCGUGAGUCAGCGACUAGCUUUCGAAGUGGCCUACACAAACCCCUGAGCCAAACAUGGCUUCGACUACCGCCCUAGCCGCCGGGGCGGAAUGCUCUGUUGAGACCCCCAGCGCAACGACAUCGGGCAUUGGAGCCCCAACAGUGGCAUACAAACGACGCAACUCGUCUUCUCGCAGUGGAAAACUGUCCGUCUCCAGCUUGGAUUGGGAGGACGGGCUUCAGUUGAAGAUUGACCUCUUCCUCGAAGAAUUAGAACGACGAUUAGACUUGAUUGAGGAGUACGGCGACAUCGACCUCGAUGCCAGCAUCCAACGGGCCUACGCGACUUUACAAGCGGUACGGGCACGAUGCUCCCAGGUGUCGGAAGAAGUCCUCGACGCUGGCCGCAGGAGGGCCAAGGUCAUGGUGGAGACUCUAGAGUCGAGAUAUCAAAACGCGCUGGUAGCGAAGGAGACGUUUGCUGAGAAGGCACAGACGGGGCUCAUCCUAUUAGAAGAGAUGCUCUGUGAAUACGAGGCGCGAGCGAUGAAAUUCCGGGACCAGGGCUUCUGCAAUGCCGCAAACACGGUCAUCGAGGGUGGCCGCAGAAUGGUCGAUGAGGGUAUUGGCAGGGCCAAGGUCGCGGUUGAUGACAGUAUCGAGCGCGCCAUGAAAGCGGCAGAAGCUCUGGACAUCCGCAUCGCCCACGCCGUCUCGCAAGCUAAGAAGAACGGCCUGAUCAACUUCCAGGACCUCCCCGCCCCAUGGCAAGUGAACCCUCACAUCACGCGCGGCUACCGCUUCUCGGAGUCCAAAGUCCACAUCCUCCGCUCAACACUCACCAUCUCCAACGAACUCGUCAACAUCUGGUCGCACGCCAUCGGCCUCCUCAUCGUCCUCUCGAUCGCCUUCUACUUCUACCCCACCUCCGUGAACUUCUCCCUCUCCACCACAGCCGACAAAGUCAUCGCCGCCGUCUUCUUCUUCGCCGCCUGCAAAUGCCUCGUCUGCUCCUGCCUCUGGCACACCAUGAACUGUGUCGCGAACCGCACGCUGCUCGAGCGCUUCGCCUGCGUAGACUACACCGGCAUCUCGCUCCUCAUCGCCGCCUCCAUCAUGACGACGGAGUACACGGCGUUCUACUGCGAACCCGUGGCCCGCUCCGUCUACCUAAUCGCCACCGCAACCCUCGGCGUCGCCGGCGUCAUCCUCCCCUGGCACCCGACUUUCAACGCGAAGAACAUGGCCUGGGGCCGCGUCGCGUUCUACGUCACCCUCGCUGCGACGGGCUUCGUGCCUGUGUUCCAGCUAGUGAGGACGCGCGGUGGGGACUGGGCGUGGGACUUCUACGCGCCGAUUACGAAGAGUAUUGCGGUGUACUUUUGCGGCGCGAUCGUGUAUGCUAGUAAGGUGCCGGAGAAGUGGUAUCCCGGUGCGUUUGACUACGUCGGGGGGAGCCAUAACUUGUGGCAUUUUGCGGUGCUGGGGGGGAUCUUGUUUCACUACCGCGCUAUGGAGCAUCUCUUUGCGGCGGCUUUUGAGCGCGCGCAGUUGGGCUGCCCUACGUCUUGAAUGAGUUGUGUUGAUUGGUAUGUCAGAGUCAAAAGUACAGUACAUAUAUGAUUUGGAGCCAGAUAUGUUGGAGUGGGGUACUGUAUAUCGAGGAGAUGAUACAUUAAAUGAGGUGAGAUUCAUUGCAUAUUCCCGUCUGGACGUGACGGGAACGAAACCUGGCAUUCGGCCGCAAUUUUUAUUUUUAUUUCAUUUGGGAGUAAAGGCAUGGCGACGGAGUCAACUUGUGUGUGGUUGUUGUUUCCUUUUUGGCAAAGCAUUUGCAUAAUAAAUAGGGCUGAGGAGGAGGUAUAAUAGCAUAGAGGAUUUGCAUAUCGCAUAUGAGCCUAGAGAGAGCGCGCCGUUGAGCGUUCCAUAGACUAUAAUUUACAGUUUACAUG